UAUCCCUGGUUCCACCAAUCUUCUCAACUGGACAUAAAGCGAGCACUUUUCGCACCCUCUAUUGAUUAGGCUUCUCUUAACUUUAUCUUUCGUCUUUGGCAAUGGAAGAAGUGAAGUUGCACGGUUUCUGGGCAAGUCCGUACAGUCACAGAGUGAUAUGGGCUCUGAAACUGAAAGGCGUGGAAUAUGAGUACAUUGAAGAAGAUCUCUCCAACAAGAGCCAAUUGCUUUUGCAGUACAACCCAGUUCACAAAAAGAUUCCAGUCCUCGUUCAUCGUGGAAAACCGAUCAUCGAGUCCCUUGUUAUUCUGGAGUAUGUUGAAGAAACAUGGCCUGAGCCUCCCUUGCUGCCUAAACAUGCUCACGAGAGAGCCUCAUCUCGGUUUUGGAUAAACUUUAUGGCGGAAAAGGGUCUUACCUUUUUCAAGUUCUUCAUGAUGUCCCGAGGAGAAGAGGGAGAGAAGGGAACUGAGGAAGUACUUGAAAUCUUGAGGACUUUAGAACAUGAAGCUCUCGGGGACAAGAAGUUCUUCGGAGGAGACAGCAUAGGACUGGCAGAUAUAACAUUUGGAUGGUUGGCUUAUUGGUUUGAAUGUAUGGAAGCAGUCGGCGAUGUGAAAUUGCUAAGUCCCACCACUUUCCCUCGUUUGCAUUUAUGGGUUGAGAAUUGGAAGGAGGUUGAUGUGGUCAAAGAAAGCCAUCCUGACUCUGAGAAAUUGUUGGGCCAUUUUAGAAGGCUCAGGGAGAGGUUCACUUCUCCAAGCCAAAAAGAGAAUAAAAUAAAGUCAUGGUAGUAUAAUGAUGUUGGAACAAGAGAUUGAACCAAUGUGGAAAAUACUUGUUUGGUCGGGUGAGAUCCUCUCGUUUGAUAUGUAAUGGCAGAUUUUUCGCACUGUUUGGCUCAGUAUUUAACCUGUUAUUAUCUUUCUCUUGA